UCUUGACAAGUGCUAAAAUGGCGAUGCCUAUAACCUAGAACUGGCUUGUGCGCUGGCCGCCACCGCUGCCACCUGCUCAGAGUGAAAUCAUGAAGGUGGUCAACCUGAAGCAAGCCAUUUUGCAAGCCUGGAAGGAGCGUUGGAGUGACUACCAAUGGGCAAUCAACAUGAAGAAGUUCUUUCCUAAAGGAGCCACCUGGGACAUUCUCAACCUGGCAGAUGCAUUACUAGAGCAGGCCAUGAUUGGACCAUCCCCCAAUCCUCUCAUCUUGUCCUACCUGAAGUAUGCCAUUAGUUCCCAGAUGGUGUCCUACUCUUCUGUCCUCACAGCCAUCAGUAAGUUUGAUGACUUUUCUCGGGACUUGUGUGUCCAGGCGUUGCUGGACAUCAUGGACAUGUUUUGUGACCGUCUCAGCUGUCACGGGAAAGCAGAGGAGUGCAUCGGACUGUGCCGAGCCCUUCUUAGCGCCAUCCACUGGCUGCUGCGCUGCACGGCAGCCUCUGCAGAGCGGCUCCGGGAGGGGCUGGAGGCCGGCACUCCAGCCGCUGGGGAGAAGCAGCUUGCCAUGUGCCUUCAGCGCCUGGAGAAAACCCUCAGCAGCACCAAGAACCGGGCCCUGCUGCACAUCGCCAAACUAGAGGAGGCCUCAUUGCACACAUCCCAGGGACUUGGGCAGGGUGGCACCCGAGCCAAUCAACCAACAGCUUCUUGGACUGCCAUCGAGCAUUCUCUCUUGAAACUUGGAGAGAUCCUGGCCAAUCUCAGCAACCCGCAGCUCCGGAGCCAGGCCGAGCAGUGCGGCACCCUCAUUAGGAGCAUCCCCACGAUGCUGUCUGUGCAUGCGGAGCAGAUGCACAAGACCGGCUUCCCCACUGUCCAUGCCGUGAUCCUGCUCGAGGGCACCAUGAACCUGACAGGCGAGACGCAGUCCCUGGUGGAGCAGCUGACGAUGGUGAAGCGCAUGCAGCAUAUCCCCACCCCACUUUUUGUCCUGGAGAUCUGGAAAGCUUGCUUCGUGGGGCUCAUUGAGUCUCCCGAGGGUACGGAGGAGCUCAAGUGGACAGCUUUCACUUUCCUCAAGAUUCCACAGGUUUUGGUGAAGUUGAAGAAGUACUCUCAUGGAGACAAGGACUUCACUGAGGAUGUGAACUGUGCUUUUGAGUUCCUGCUGAAGCUCACACCCUUGCUGGACAAAGCUGACCAGCGCUGCAAUUGUGACUGUACAAACUUCCUGCUCCAAGAAUGUGGCAAGCAGGGGCUUCUGUCUGAGGCCAGCGUCAACAACCUUAUGGCUAAGCGCAAAGCGGACCGAGAGCACGCACCCCAGCAGAAAUCGGGAGAGAAUGCCAACAUCCAGCCCAACAUUCAGCUGAUCCUCCGGGCGGAGCCCACUGUCACAAACAUCCUCAAGUGUUCUUCAGGACUUGAUUUCCUGUCCUGUCCCCAGACGAUGGAUGCAGACCACUCUAAGUCACCAGAGGGACUGCUAGGAGUCCUGGGCCACAUGCUGUCCGGGAAGAGUCUGGACUUGCUGCUGGCUGCCGCCGCCGCCACUGGAAAGCUGAAAUCCUUCGCCCGGAAAUUCAUCAAUUUGAAUGAAUUCACAACCUAUGGCAGCGAAGAAAGCACCAAACCGGCCUCCGUGCGGGCCCUGCUGUUUGACAUCUCCUUCCUCAUGCUGUGCCAUGUGGCCCAGACCUAUGGUUCAGAGGUGAUUCUGUCCGAGUCGCGCACAGGAGCUGAGGUGCCCUUCUUCGAGACCUGGAUGCAGACCUGCAUGCCUGAGGAGGGCAAGAUCCUGAACCCUGACCACCCUUGCUUCCGCCCCGACUCCACCAAAGUGGAGUCCCUGGUGGCCCUGCUCAACAAUUCCUCGGAGAUGAAGCUGGUGCAGAUGAAGUGGCAUGAGGCCUGUCUCAGCAUCUCAGCUGCCAUCUUGGAAAUCCUCAAUGCCUGGGAGAAUGGGGUCCUGGCCUUCGAGUCCAUCCAGAAAAUCACUGAUAACAUCAAAGGGAAGGUAUGCAGUCUGGCGGUGUGUGCUGUGGCUUGGCUUGUGGCCCACGUCCGGAUGCUGGGGCUGGAUGAGCGUGAGAAGUCGCUGCAGAUGAUCCGCCAGCUGGCAGGGCCACUGUUUAGUGAGAACACCCUGCAGUUCUACAAUGAGAGGGUGGUGAUCAUGAACUCGAUCCUGGAGCGCAUGUGUGCUGACGUGCUGCAGCAGACAGCCACGCAGAUCAAGUUUCCCUCCACUGGGGUGGACACGAUGCCCUACUGGAACUUGCUGCCCCCCAAGCGGCCCAUCAAGGAGGUGCUGACGGACAUCUUUGCCAAGGUGCUGGAGAAGGGCUGGGUGGACAGCCGCUCCAUCCACAUCUUUGACACCCUGCUGCACAUGGGCGGUGUCUACUGGUUCUGCAACAACCUGAUUAAGGAGCUGCUGAAGGAGACGCGGAAGGAGCACACGCUGCGAGCAGUGGAGUUGCUCUACUCCAUCUUCUGCCUGGACAUGCAGCAAGUGACCCUGGUCCUGCUGGGCCACAUCCUGCCUGGCCUGCUCACUGACUCCUCCAAGUGGCACAGCCUCAUGGACCCCCCGGGCACUGCUCUUGCCAAGCUGGCUGUGUGGUGUGCCCUCAGUUCCUACUCCUCCCACAAGGGACAGGCGUCCACCCGCCAGAAGAAGAGACACCGCGAAGACAUUGAGGAUUAUAUCAGCCUCUUCCCCCUGGACGAUGUGCAGCCUUCAAAGUUGAUGCGACUGCUGAGCUCCAAUGAGGACGAUGCCAACAUCCUUUCGAGCCCCAGGUCUUCUCUGGGCUCUCCAUGUACCAGUUACCUCCGAUGGGUGAAGGUCGGGUGGGGGCAUCCCUGGGGAGCACCACUUUUGCACUCGGCAGCCUGUUUCCCAGCGCUCCGUCUGCUCCAUCCCACAGCAGACCGAUCCAUGAGCAGCUCCCUGUCAGCCUCUCAGCUCCACACGGUCAACAUGCGGGACCCUCUGAACCGAGUCCUAGCCAACCUGUUCCUGCUCAUCUCCUCCAUCCUGGGGUCUCGCACCGCUGGCCCCCACACCCAGUUCGUGCAGUGGUUCAUGGAGGAGUGUGUGGACUGCCUGGAGCAGGGCGGCCGUGGCAGUGUCCUGCAGUUCAUGCCCUUCACCACUGUGUCGGAACUGGUGAAGGUGUCAGCCAUGUCCAGCCCCAAGGUGGUUCUGGCCAUCACGGACCUCAGCCUCCCCCUGGGCCGCCAGGUGGCUGCUAAAGCCAUUGCUGCACUCUGAGGGGCUUGGCAUGGCCGCAGUGGGGGCUGGGGACUGGCGCAGGCCCAGGCGCCUCCAAGGGAAGCAGUGAGGAGAGAUGAGGCGUCGUGGCCCACAUCCGCUCCACAUGGUGCAAGAGCUUCUGGCGGCUUCCAGUCCCCGCUCCUGACUCCCGACCUCCAGGAUGCCUCCCGGUUUCUCCUUUUGAGAUUUCCUCUCCAUCUGCCGGCACCUGAGGAGUGUGAGCAGCCUGGACCACAAGCCCGUGGCCACCCCUGUGUGCGCCCGCCCCAGCCCAGCAGGAGUCUUACCUCUGAGGAACUUUCUAGACACAGAGUAUGUGUGUGUGUAUAUAUAUAUAUAUAUAUAUAUAUAUUGUAAUAUGUGAGGGAAAUCUCCCUUCGUUCAUGUGUAAAUAAAGCUCCUCAUGGA